AUGGCUGCAAGUCGUCAAGCCAUAUCCUCUUCCAAAGAUGAAUACCCUCGAGCCGCGGACUUGCUGGCCAUGAUGGCCGACAGACCUCUGCCGUUGAUUGGACCAGAAAUACUUGAGACUAUCAAUGCCGAUCAAGCCCCAGCGCACGCAAAACAAGUCCUUGAUGAGUUCAAUAGGGCUCUGGCUUCAAAUGACGUUGGCAGACUUGCGAGCUGUUUCUUUGAGAAGCAAUGCUACUGGCGCGACCAGCUUGCCCUUACUUGGCACUUGAGGACAAUUGAAUCGCCGCGCAACUGUGCGGCAAGUAUUUCGGAGACGACGGCCCUCCGCGGUGUACCGGCUGGAUUCACUAUCAAAGGGGCACCGCAAUUUAUCCCUGCUGCUCCAACCCUCCAAUUCAUCAAUUGCGAGUUCACAUUCACCACGUCCUCUCCAGCCGCCUCUUGUCGUGGAAGCAUCAAGCUCUUACCCGUGAGACUCAAUGGUAGCAUUGCAUGGAGGAUUUGGAUUCUAAGCACUUGGAUGGAAGACUUGCACGUGCACCCAGAGAACACAGCUUUGCUUGAUUUACCACGAAGGAACCUGGACAAUCUCGAUCAAAUUGAGACUGAUGUCUUUAUCAUUGGUGGUGGAAACGCCGCCGUCGCUCUCGCUGCACGACUGAAGACUCUGGGUGUUGAGAGCAUCAUAGCCGAACAAAAUGCUCAGAUUGGAGACAACUGGUUACUUCGUUACGACUCUUUACGUUUCCAUGUCCCGACAUCAUUUUGCGAAAUGCCUUAUAUGAAUUACGAUGAGAGCCUCCAGACUCCUCAUCAACUGUCCAAGGAUGACUUGGGCAAUCACCUGCGAAAAUAUGCUGAAAGUUUCAACUUGAACACAAUGACUUCUGUGAAGCAGUUUUCGACGACGUACAAUUCGAAAGACGAGGUUUGGACAAUCUCAUUCGAAACUCCGAGCGGGCGCCGGCGCGUCAAGUGCAAACACGUCGUCCAAGCAACAGGCUUUUCGUCCCAAAUUCCUUAUGUACCAAAUAUCCCCGGACGCGAGUUCUACCGAGGGCGAGAACUACAUUCUGCUAGGUACAAGAACCCCAAACAACUUCAAGACCAGGAAGGCAAGUCUGUGCUCGUGGUUGGCUCGGCAAAUACUGCUUUUGAUGUUAUCACCGACUGUUACAAUGCUGGUCUUCAAACCACAAUGGUUGCCCGGUCGCCAACCUACUUGUGUCCAGUAGAGUACAUCUGCGAUCACCGAAGCUUGGGUGUCUAUGAUCCUCUCGGGGUCGAAGCAGCGGACCAUCUGCUGAUGACUGGACCCGCGCCGGUGGAUGCGAUUCUGUCCAGCGCCUUCUUUACAUCUCAGGCUGCUGAGGAACCUGAACGUUACACCGCCCUUGCCAAGGCGGGUUUUCAAGUAAUCGAUAGCCGAGAUCCGAAGGCUGUGCUCAUGUCCAACCUUCUGGAACGAGCUGGGGGUCAUUAUGUAGAUGUUGGCGCUUCCAAACUAAUCGCCGAGGGCAAGGUUGCCGUCAAGGGCGGCGCCGAGCCAGUCGCCUACACGGAGCGCGGUCUCCGCUUCUCCGAUGGAACCUCGAUUGAUGCCGAUGCGAUAAUUUGGUGCACCGGUUUCAAGGAUGGCAAUGCACGUGACACUGCCGCGGAGAUACUCGGCGGGGAUCGCAGUCCGGUUAAUGAAAAGUUCAAGGGGGACCACAUACUCUUGCCCCGAGACAUUGCCGCUCGACUUGAUGCCACCUGGGGAAUCGACUCUGAAGGCGAGGUCCGCGGUAUGUGGAAGCGCCACCUACGAAUGAACAACUACUGGGUCAUGGGAGGCUACACGCAACAGCACCGGUGGCACUCGCGAACACUGGCGUUGCAAAUCAAGGCUGCGGUUGAGGGAAUUCUCCCUCCCGCAUAUCGUCAGAUGGCGGGCAAAAUCACAGAGACCGCGCUUUGA